GUAACACUAGUUGGGGACACAGUCUGCCGAAUGCAGGAAGGAGUGAGACAUGAACGUUGACAGUGCUCAUUAGCGUGCGUAUUUUGUUAAUGGAGACGUUGCUUUGGAAUCACUACAGAAAGGUGCUGUCGGUGCCUUCCGUAGUUUCAGUUGAGCACUGACUGCAGUUCUAUACGAGUAUUUAAAUCUCGUUGACAUGUAGGCUAUCAGUCUCUAACUUUGGAGAGGCUUGGCGACCAGGUAGCCUGACAGCGAGGGAGCAUGUACUAUCGCUCCUGGAUUCAUUGUGUCUUUUCAAGAAAAAACACUGGAUACGUUAUAUGCUACCACAUGAAGAGGGUAACAAAUGUUUUAAUACAAUUUUAACGGAGGGCGUUUGAUGAAACGCUAGGGAGAAUGGCUUCGAAGGAACGACUGUACGAGCUGUGGAUGUUGUAUUACACCAAGAAAGAUGUGGGUUAUCUGCAGCAGUGGCUGGAAGCGUUUGUGGCGUCCUUUGAAAGGAUUAUUGAUGUUGGGUCCCUGGAGCCCAGGCGGCUGGAGGAGAGCGGCUUGGAGGUGCCCCAGCUGCCCAGGGAGGUGCUGGUGCUCCUGAGCACACAGCUGUUGCAGAGUGCCCUACACCUGUCUGGCCAGGAGCCCAAUGGCAGCGUGCCACACCCGCUUCUGCUCAUCAAGUUUUUCAUCAUCAUCAGCAGGAACUUGGAGAACAUUGACCCCGACCAGACCCCAGGAUUUGUGUUUGAGACCAUCAAGCUUUUAUCAUUCUGCCUCAAUCAGCUGAAGCAGCAGCCAGAGGAGCAGGAGUCUCUGCAGAGUGUGGUCCAGCAUGGCCUGCUGCUGUGUGAGAGUCUCUUUGACCCUUAUCAGACCUGGAGGAGACGGCUGGCAGGGGAGGAAGUGAGUAUGCUGGAGAGGAGUAAAUACAAGUUUGCCCCUCUGGCGGUUCCUGCGGAGCUCCCAGCUCUCUUCCAUGACAUGCUGCAGGAGAGCGAGCGUCUUCCUGAGCUGCUGGUGGUGUGGCUGGUCCAUCUGCAGGGUGCUGUCCUCAGCGGGAGCAAGAAGAACGGUCUGCUGUCCCUGACGUCCCCCGCGGUGGACAACCUCUUCUCCGUGCUGCGUGCCUGGUGCCUGUGGCCGCCCCCUUCCGGAGACCAGCCCAAGGACCCGCAACUCUUACGGCUGACCCUGCAGUGCCUGACCGCCAUGCUGCACCUGCUGCACGGCAGUAGCCCUGCGGAGCGGCAGCUGGACAUCAGGCACGUGCUGGACGGCUACUUCCAGCUGCUCAACUGGAGCAGGCCCCCGGCAGACGGCGCGGACUCUAUGCUGCACUGGGAGGAGAGCUUGGUCACACUGCAGACGCACAUGCUCAAUACGAUCCCCCAGAUCCUGCAGUGCUCUGACCGAGCCGUGCUGCAGGCCAUCUUCCUCAACAACAACUGCUUUGAGCACAUCCUCCGCCUCAUCCAGAACAGCAAGCUCUAUCAGAGCCGUAGGUGUAGGAUGGAGCAUGAGGGUGUGUGUGACCUCACCACACGCUUGCUGACGGAGGUGGAAGUGGAUCAGGUGUGGGAGAAGGGUUCAGACUGCAUCACGGUGCACGCUAUCGGAGUCCUCACUGCCAUCAUGAGCAACUCUCCUGCAGCCAAGGAGGUCUUUAAAGAACGGAUUGGUUACUCCCAGCUGUUUGAUGUGCUCAAGAGUCAAGGCCGUCCCACCAAACGACUUCUGCAGGAGCUUAUGAACAUGGCAGUGGAGGGGGAGCACUCCCAGGCAGUGCACCUGGGCAUCAGUAAUGAGCAGCCGCUGGUGCUGCUGCUGCAGUGGCUCCCUGAGCUGGGCCAGCGUGAGCUGCAGCUGCUGGUGGCCCAGUGGCUAGCGGCCGUGUGCGGGUGCUCGCUGGCCUGCCGCACGGUGGCCGUGGAGGCCGGCCUGUUGGACACGCUGCUGGAGGUGCUGCUACGGCCCGAACGACUGGACGGCCAGUGCGCCGACGUGCUCCUGGGCCUGCUGCAGGACCUGGGCGCACUCUCACUGCGGCCCGAGCAGCUCAAGGCCCUGCUGCGGCUACUGCGCACCGACCAAGCCUCGCCCGGCUCACCAGCGCCAACUCCGCCACACCCCUACUGCGCCCGCGUCACACGCGUCCUCUCGGCCAUGGCUACGCGCGAAGGCCGCGCCAGCGCCCUGCAGUACUUCGACCUCACGCCCCCCAUGGCGGGCAUCAUGGUGCCCAGCAUCGCCCGCUGGCCGGGCAGCGCCUUCGCCUUCCACGCCUGGCUGUGCCUUAAUGUGGAGUUCCCGCCGCUGCAGCCUGACGGCUUCUCCGCAGCGGGCACGCCCGUGGGCCACUUGCCGCCCAUCGGACACGCCAUGGGCCAAGCCAUGGGCAAAGGGCCCCGCAGGAAACAACUCUACAGCUUCUUCACAGCGAGUGGCACUGGCUUUGAGGCCUUCUUCACCAUGGAGGGCGUGUUGGUGGCGGCUGUCUGCACCAAGAAAGACUACAUGGCAGUUUCUCUCCCUGAGAAGCCUCUUGUAGACCAGGCCUGGCACUCGGUGGACAUAGUGCACAUUCCAGGCCGCCGGCCCUUCGGCCAGAACACGGUCACCAUCUACGUGGACGGAGAGCAGGUUAAGACGGCCCAGCUGCGUUUCCCUUCCAUGAAUGAGCCUUUCACAUCCUGCUGUAUCGGCUCAGCGGGACAGCGGACCACCACCACUACUACCUCCCCCACCUUUCCUCCCCCCUCCCUCAGUGGCUCAAAUAAUGACUUGGCCUUCACGGCGCACGCUGCUGCCACGCUCACCCGCUCCCAGUCCUUCCCAGCAUCCUUUGCAGCGGGUCGCUGGGGCCUGGGGGGAGCGCGGGACGCCCCCGUGCACACCAUCCCCGCCGGGCUGCAGGACACUGAGUGGGGUACCCCCACCUCGCUGGACGGCCUGCUGGGGACGGCCUUCAUCUGUCAUGAAGCUCUUCAGCCUGCCCAGACACGCACACUGCAUAGCGCAGGUCCCAACAACGUGUGCCUGUUCAAAUCUGAUGGAGAGCUUUCCGAACUCAACAGCAAACUACUGCUCUACUACACUCCUCAGGCUUUUAAGAGCCAGAUAUGUCUGGACCUGUCUCCCAACCACCACUAUGAUGGCCGAUUGACUGGGCACCGCGUGGUCAACUGGGACAUCAAGGAUGUGCUGAACUCCGUGGGGGGCAUGGGCGCACUGCUGCCCCUGCUGGAGCAGGUGUGUGGCAGCGAGCAGGCGGAGACUGGUGUCCAGGAGACCUCGGAUCUGCUGGGGCCCGAGCUGACCUCCUCCAAGGGCCCUGCAGGAAUGCUGCUCCCCCUGGGCAAAUCCUCAGAGGGCCGUCUGGAGCGGAACAGUGUGGCUGCCUUCCUGCUGAUGGUGAAGAACAUGCUGCGUCACCACCCCGUCAACAAGGAGAGCCUGCUGCACUGCCAUGGGCCUGCCAUCAUCGGAGCCAUGCUCAGCAAGGUGCCCAGCCGUAUGAUGGACAUGAGUGUGCUGAUGGCCUGCCAGUUCCUGCUGGAGCAGGUGUCCAGCGAGGGCAGCAGCGGCCUGCUCUCACAGCUCUACCAGCACCUGCUCUUCGACUUCCGCAUCUGGAGCCGCAGCCACUUCGCCGUCUGCCUGGGCCACGUCCAGUACUUGUCCACUGUGCUGAAGGAGAGCAAGCCACGGACGCGGAGGAAGUAUGGCGUGCAAUACAUCCUGGACUCCAUACGCACUCACUACAGUGUGGAGAAGGACGGCAGCCCUCUGUCCGACGAGAAGCAGACGGUCCAGAUCUCGCUCUUCUCCCUGCUCAAGGACUUCCUGCUCAAGUCCACCAGCCCAGAGGAGCUCCACAGUGUGCUGGCUUACGCCUGCAUCGCCCCGGAUGAGCAACAGGUGAUCAGUGCUCUGGACGUGGUGUACAGUGUGCUGCGUUGCACUCCUCCGCAGGACCAGGCCCUGAGCGUGCUGCUGGAGUGGGGGGUGGAGCAGCUCUACUGCCUCUUGCUUAAGCCCAACUUCUCCGACGAGACCCGCGAGAGGGUGUUCAGGGUGCUGUAUAAAGUGCUGAAGAGUGAGCGCAUGCAGGAGCGCAGUAAACAACGCAUCAAGCUCCGAGACUCCAGCUACCUUGGUCUGGUCUGUUUCCUUGGAGACACCCCCGUCACCAUGACCACCAUCCGCUGUCUGUACGAGCAGGUUUUGGCCACAGAUCCAACUCCUAACUUCCGAGAUCUCUUGGCUGUUGUGUACCUGUCUCACCGUUCUGACCUGACUGUGCGUCUCGACAUGUGUCGUAAGCUCUUCCACCUGAUCUACUCCAGUGAGGAGUAUGUCCGGCAGCUGGCCCGGCAGCCUGGUUGGCAGGACGUCCUGACCAAGCUCUACGUGAAGGAGUCGUACGAGUCGCGCGCCACCAGCCAAUCAAGCUCCAGCCCCCACAGCUCCCUGGACCCCAGCUCAUCCCGCCCCCCCCUGCUGCGCCGCGACGACAGCGCCACCGACGACCGCGCCGCCGACGUCUUCAUCAACUACAGGGCCCGCGAGGAGGAGGAGGAGGACAACGAGGAAGACGAGGAGGCUCAGCAGGAUGUGUCGGAGGGCUUCUCGGAGUACUCCUCGCAGUCGCCGCCGCGCGCCUCGCUCAAGGGCCUCGGCGAGUCGCUCCACUUCAAGUCGUUCGACUCGACGGAGCGCAGCAGCCGCUCGUCCUCGCUGUCCAACGCGGUGGACAUCCCGGCCUCCUGUCUGGAGGAGGAGGGCGCCUACUACCCGCUCUCGCCCUUCGGCACCUCCCCGUUCGAGCUGGACCUGGGUCAGUCGGGUGCGGGGGCUGGCGGCGCCACCGCCGGGCACAACGGGGCGUCGCACACGCCGGCCGGCAGCCAGGCCGGCACCCCCUCGCCUCUGGAGCACAGCAAGCCCUUCCUGGGGCCGCGGCCACGCAAGAGCUCCAGCCUGUCCAACGUGCUGGACGAGGCCAGCUACAGCACGGAGCAGCCCACCGCCGACAGCAUCUCCAACACCUCCAACCCACAGCAGGCCCCCGAGGAGGAGCUGUGUAACCUGCUGACCAACAUCGUGUUCUCGGUGCUGUGGAGCGGAGCCGAGGGGCCGGAGGACGCCGUGUGGAGGGAGAGAGGCCAGGUCUUCUCCGUCCUCACCAAGCUCGGCAGCUCCUGCCAGCUGGUCCGUCCACCCGACGACAUCAAACGCAGUCUGCUGGAGAUGAUGCUGGAGUCGUCUCUGUCGGACCUGCGCGAUGCUGCCGGCGUGACUCCACCUCACCACCCUAACCUGCUGCGCCUCUUGCGCCUGCUCCAAGACUUCCUGUUCUCUGAGGGCACUGACAAUCACAACCUGUGGAGUGAGAAGAUAUUUGAGGGCAUGGUGAACCUGCUGGACAGGCUGCAGGCAUGGCAUCCUCCUCCUGCGUCCCCCUCUGGCCCAGAGCUCAGAGAGAUGGCCCACAUCGGCCUGCGCAUCAUCACAGGAUACAUCCAGCAACAGCACCCACAGGUGUGUGUGAUGGCCUGUGUGAAGCUGCACAGUCUCCUGCAGACAGUCUUGUGUUUGAGUUGGGAGGAGGUCUGCUUCCUGUUGGGCCGCUUGGGCGCCCCCCUGUGGCCAGCUGAAGGCACAGCAGCCGACGCCAGCGGACGCGAGGAGACUUUUAACCAGCUGGUGCCAAUUGUGCGGACGCUGCUGGACCAGCACGCUGACCCGGUGAACCUGCAGAGGCUGCUGCCCUCUCUGCCCCCCACCAACGGCAGUGCCACCUUCGCCCAAGAUCUGAGGGUCUACUGCAACACGCUAGAGUGGCAGGACUUCUACCACCACCAUGUGGAGGUGACCAUGGAGCAGUACGAGGUGGACACAUUCAGCAAGAGCCACGACCUCAUGUCCAACUUCUGGAACUCCUGCUUCGACGACCUGAUGAACACCGCUCAGAUCCGAGACAAGGAGCGCGCCGACAGCAAGGCCAAGUUCCAGGAGGUGAUCGUGGACCCAUACCUGAAGCGUGUGAAGGUGGAGAAUGGCCGCUACCACGUCAGCCAGAAGCAGAGCGUCAGCCAGCAGACGGUGGUGGCCAAGCAUUGGAAGGCCCUGCAGAGGCUCCUUACCCACGAGAGGGCCGCCUGGGCACUCAGAAACCAGCCAGAGGUGAAGUGGACGUUGUCCAAUGCAGAGACCUACUCCAAGAUGCGCCUCAAACUGGUGCCCAACUAUAACUACGACUCUCACAGUGAAGCGGCUGCACUCAGGGAUAAUAUGGGAGCGGACAGCCCUCGCAGCAGCUCCGACACCCUCCCCCUGGCCGUGGCCAAGGAGGCCAAAGUGAGCGACAUGGAGGACGAUCAGCUGGGCGAUGAAGACAUGUUCUUACUCAACCAGCCGGAGGGAGAGGAGGAGAGCCAGAAGGAGAAGCUGGUGCUGUCCGAGGACUGUGAGCUCAUCACCAACAUCUCCGAGGUGCCAGGACGUCUGGAGGUCACCACACACCACCUGUACUUUUACGAUGGCAGCAGUGAGAAGGAGGAGACUGAGGAGGGUAUUGGGUUUGACCUGAAGCGACCCCUCAGUCAGCUGCGGGAGGUCCACCUGAGGAGGUAUAACCUGCGCAGAUCUGCCCUCGAGCUCUUCUUCAUUGACCAGUCCCAUUACUUCAUCAACUUCAGGAAGAAGGUGCGAAACAAGGUGUACUCUAGGAUCCUGGGGCUUCGGCCUCCCAAUCUUUUCUACUUUGGCUCUCGCUCGCCCCAGGAACUCCUCAAAGCCUCCAACCUCACACAGAAAUGGGUUCACAGAGAGAUCUCCAACUUUGAGUAUCUCAUGCAGCUCAACACCAUAGCCGGCCGCACCUACAAUGACCUCUCCCAGUACCCAGUGUUUCCUUGGGUCCUGUGUGAUUACACAUCUCCGGUGUUGGACCUGGAUGACCCUGCUGUGUUCCGUGACCUUUCCAAACCCAUUGGGGUCGUGAACCCACGGCAUGCACAGAACGUCAAAGAGAAAUAUGAGAGCUUUGAGGAUCCCACCGGUGCGAUCGACAAGUUCCACUAUGGCACACACUACUCCAACGCCGCAGGAGUCAUGCACUACAUGAUCCGGAUGGAGCCCUUCACCGGACUGCACAUCCAGCUGCAGAGUGGCAGGUUUGACUGUGCAGACAGGCAGUUCCACUCGGUUGCUGCAGCGUGGCAGGCCCGGAUGGAGAGCCCGGUGGACGUGAAGGAGCUCAUUCCAGAGUUCUUCUACUUCCCAGAGUUCCUGGAGAACAUGAACGGUUUUGAUCUGGGCUGCCUGCAGAUGUCUCAGGAGCCAGUGGCUGACGUAGUGCUGCCUCACUGGGCCUCCUCUCGAGAGGACUUCAUCAGGAAACACCGACAAGCUCUGGAAAGUGAGCAUGUGUCUGCCCACCUGCAUGAGUGGAUUGACCUGAUCUUUGGCUACAAGCAGCGAGGAGAAGAGGCAGUGAAUGCUCUCAAUGUGUUCUACUACUGCACUUAUGAAGGGGCGGUGGAUUUGGAUGCUAUAGCCAAUGAGACCGAGCGGAAAGCUCUAGAAGGCAUCAUUAGUAACUUCGGUCAGACUCCUUGUCAGCUGCUCAAGGAGCCUCACCCUCCCCGCAUGUCUGCACAGAGUGCCUCUCGGCGGCUGGCCCGCUUGGACACUCUCCCCCCCCACCUAUUUGAGCAGCUGGACAAGCUCCGGCCUUUCGUGGAGGUGGUGAGUGAUGGACUGCCUCUAGCGCAAGCUGUGGUGCCCCGCAAUCAGACCAGAUCCUUCAUUAUACAGGGAUCAGAUGUGCUGGUGUCAGUUAGUGCCAACGGUCUGAUUGGGACGCACAGCUGGCUGCCCUAUGAUAAAAGCAUAGCUAACUACUUCACCUUCACAAAGGACCCCACUGUGUCCAACCCCAAGACCCAGAGAUUCCUGAGCGGGCCCUUCUCCCCGGGCGUGGACAUUGGGCCGAAGGUGCUGGUGGUGUCCAACGACGGACGCCUGCUGUUCAGCGGAGGCCACUGGGACUGCAGCCUCAGGGUGACCAUGCUGGGCAAGGGCAAGCUGGUGGGCAGGAUCUGCCGGCACAUCGACAUUGUCACAUGUCUGGCUUUGGACCUCUGUGGAAUCUACCUCAUCUCUGGCUCCCGGGAUUGCUCUUGCAUCAUCUGGCAGGUGCAGCAGCAGGGCGGCCUCUCCACUGGACUCUCCCCGAAGCCUGUGCAGGUGCUCUCCGGACACGACCAGGAGGUCACCUGCGUGGCCAUCAGCACCGAGCUGGACAUGGCCAUCUCGGGGUCAAAGGACGGCACUCUGAUUGUGCACAGCGUCCGGAGGGGCCAGUUCCUGCGCUCUCUGCGUCCGGCUUGCGAGGGCGGCCUCUCCUCUCGCAUCACUGAGCUGGCUGUGGGCAUGGAGGGGCACCUGGUGGCACACGCCGUAGUGGAGGGCAGGCACUCUGGAAAGGAGACGUCCUCCAUCCACGUGUACUCUGUGAACGGGCGGCAGCUGGCCUCUGUCUCUCUGGAGGAGCAGGUGUCGGCACUGUACCUGGGGCUGGAGCACGUCAUUCUGGGCACCACCCUGGGCAAUCUCCACAUCCGAGACCUCCACAACCUGAAGCUGUCGGUGUCGCCGCUUCCGUUGAAGGUGCCCAUCCGCAGCGUGUCGGUGACUAAGGAGAACAGCCACGUGCUGGUUGGGCUGGAGGACGGCAAGCUCAUCGUAGUGGGUGCUGGCAAACCAGAGGAGGUGCGCUCGGGGCAGUUCUCCCGUCGGCUGUGGGGCUCCACGCGCCGCAUCUCUCAGGUGUCCUCAGGGGAGACGGAGUACAACCCCACCGAGGCCAACGCAGCUAAGUGAGAGGGACACGGCAGGGUAGAACACACAGGGCAGGGACACGCUGACCACUACCACCACCACCACUACCACCACCGUGCCUUCAGCCCCCGAUGCUGCAGACAGGGCCAGCGGUCGUGAGGGGACCGGGGUCAGGAGAGCCAUGAGGACUGUCUCAGGACCUGACCACUGCACCUCUGGACUUCACUGCCGGGGAGAGAGAACCCCUCCUCCCACCACCACCACCACUGUUUUUAUAUGAGUGAGCUGAGUGAGGGUAAAGGGAACCGAAGCAAUUAUAUUCCAAAGAUGCACUUUUUAAAUGAAACUCUUUUCCAAAAUAGGUGUUUUAUGUGGUAGUUAUUAAUUUGAAAAGAGGCCGUUCCAAAGAUUUUAGUUUUUCUCCAGCAGACUCUUCACUUCUGCUGUAGUAUUGGUGUGUGUCUGACAUUUGGUGAAAGUAAGGGAUCUUAAAUUCCGUGCAUUUGAAUGUGUUUUCUGUUUCCUGUGGAGGGGCCUCUGCUGUAGUACCCCAGUACACCACAAGAGGGACACAUUAACACAGGAGGCUACCUGGGUUUGCUGUGUGAGCUCAGAGCUGCAAAGUAAUAAUGAUUGUGAACGCGUGUUCAUUGGUUUCUGUCGUUUUUUUUACUGAAAGUGCAAGAUACUGUUAUCAAUUGCUGCGUGAGAUUCUUUGAUGCCUUAAAUGUAGAGAAAGAGAAUGGUCAUGUGUGUGUAUCAGUUUAAUGGGUUUUCAUGCUACUGAGAUUAUGUUGUAUUUAUCACUCUUCUUGCUUUUCACACUUUAGUCCACCCAUUACUAAGCUUCCACACUAAGCACUGACACACACGCACACGCACACACACGCGCACACACACACACACACACACACACACACACACACACACACACUUAAGCCAAAUAAUGCCAGUUUUUUACUGUUUAUAGCCACGCAAACUAACCAGAUUUUACACACUGCAGAUAAAUCAAUGAGUUGUGCUCUCUCUCUCUCUCUCUCUCUCUCUCUCUCUCUCUCUCUCUCUCACACACACACACACUCCUCCUGCCUCUUUUACUCCUGUAUCGAUGAAGUGCCUUUGUUCUUGUGUUUAUUGUUUUUUGUUCACAGUAUAAUGUGGGCAGUAGAAUUCUUGUUUGUUCAAUCACUAAUGCCACUUUUUCACUUUGCAUUUAAAGCCAUUCCCGACUAAAUCAUGAAUAUCACCGAUCAGUUCUAGUAAUUCCAUAAGACAUAUUUUUCAUAUAGAGGCUUUUAACUGCCUGUCUAUGAGGGUUAACUUAGAUUCUACAUCCAGGUUUAUGUUUGCUUGUCUAGACAAUCUGGAGGUUUUUCCCUGAGAAGUGGAGAUAAACUGGAUUAAAAGAAGACACUCUGAGUGCACUUUAUGUAAACAAAAACAUCACACAAACCUCUUUAAGUGUGGGACUAAUUAUAUGUGUGUGUGUGUUUUAAACCAAACUCACCAAAUUCAGAACGAGGUUAAAAUAUUAUCUGCUGAGUAAAUACGGAUAGUUUAGCUAAAUGUCUGCACAACACAACUGGCAAGCUCACACAAGUCCAUGUCAGGUUGGAGUGAGACUGUAUGGGCUGGUUUGGCUAAAGCAUGCUUGUGAGGAAGUGGCAUGAAUGCUCUGCCCCACUACCAAGCUGGUUGAACACUGCUGUAACCAUUACUGUACUGAUGCUGAAGGCUGCAGAUAUUUUUUUUCCCCUUGAGCACUGAAAUGCUUUGAAGCUGUUUUUAUCCUGAGCGAGUGUGAAACAGAUGUGUGUGUGUGUGUGUCUAAGCACACAUUUGUGUGUAUGUGUGUGUGUGUGUGUGUGUGUGUGUGUGCCUGCCUGUGUGUAUAUAUAUUUGCUUUUGUGUGUGUGUGUGUGUGUGCGUGUGUGUGUGUGUGUGUGCGCGUGUGUGCGCCACUUGGAGUAAAGGAACACUGGAAUGUACUUCCUGUGAAGUGCCUGUGCAGCCAGCGAGCCGUCUGCUUGAAUGAGCUGCCACAGCAGGACAGACACAUGUUCCCUUCACUCACACAAAAGCCCCGCCAUUGUGCCGCACCUCCACUCUCUCCAAGGCUUUGCCAUCAUGCUAAAGGGAACUGUUUUGGGUGAAUGCAAUAACGGCCUGAAGCCAUGUCUCUCACAGAUGUCCUUAUGUGUUUUUAGUCUAUCUUUUCAAAUCUUCUCCAAUGCCAUAUCGGCCCAUGGUUUUCUCGUGGCACACGUAUCAUUGUUCAUCCUUCCAGAUGACUUGCUGUAAUAUUUGUCAAUCUUGUUGCUUUAUGUCUGUGAAUGUAAGUCUAUGAUCAAAUUUUACUUUAAGAUUCCAGUGAAUAUACUGUGUCGCCUGCUGAAUUAAAAUGGUGUUUUGCUGA